UUGUAAUCAACCUCUCCGCUACAGUAUAUCAUCCUACGAAACCAGCAACGCACGUAACUCUUAGAUUCUAGAGCUAUGCUCCAACUCAUGAGCAUUAAGGCGGCCGAAAAGAAAAGAUGCAAAAGAGGCGGCCAAAGUAUGAACAAUCAAGUAGUUGUGAAUGAAGAUAGGAUCAGUGAGUUGCCUGAGGCUUUGAUUCUGCAGAUACUAUCUUUCCUACCUACCAAAUCUGCACUAACUACUAGUGUUUUGUCUAAACAAUGGCAAUUUCUAUGGAAGAUGAUGCCUGAACUCAAGUUUGAUUAUUGUGAUCACAAAGAUGACGUUGGGAUAUUUUUCAAGAAUGUUCGCAGCUCUUUGCUUUCCAAUACAGCUCCUGUGCUAGAGAGUUUACAUCUCAAAUUUCAUCCGGACAACCGUAGUGGUGUGGAUUUUGGAAUGUUGAUUAAAACUGCAAAGGCACGACAUGUGCGCAAGUUGGUGCUGGAUGCUGGAUAUACAAAUUGUUACAAGAUUCCUCAAAGCUUGUAUGACAAUGAAACACUAGAGACCUUGAUACUCAAGGCUCGUGUUGCUAUAGAGAAACCUAAUAAAGUUUGUUUGAAGUCCCUUAAAACUCUGCAUCUUCACGCUGUGAACAUCACAGACAGAGCAUGGGUUUUUAAGUUUUUAUCUGGUUGCCCUAAUCUUGAAGAUUUGUUGGUGUGUCUUUAUCCGCAGUCGAGUGUGAAGACUUUAACUAUUGCCCACCCAACCUUACAAAGACUAUCAGUUUAUAACAAGCGUGGUCGUUUAUAUAAAUGGGGGUGUUUCAUAGAUGCUCCUGAUUUGAAAUACUUUUGCAUUGAAGGGGAUCAUGGUCUCUGCAGGUUUCGUAUGUCUAACAAUGUGACGAAGCUGAUGGAGGCAAAUAUAUCUGACGUUUACAUCUGUUAUAUAAUCAUUGACAAUAUUCUGGUAUCUCUAACUUCAGCCAAACACCUUUCCUUGAAAUUAUUACCCCAUAAGGUAGAUUUUUAAGGUUUUCUUGAAAUUAUUUUGAGAUAUUACAAUGUUUCUGUACUAAUAUUUCUUUCAUGCAUUUUAAG